AUGACAAAGCAAAAACAUUCGACUAAUAAUGUCGCAAAUUUUUCACCUGUUCAUCAUCAUAUGAAUUUAUUAUAUCAACAAAUGUCUUUAUUCAUGAACUUAAAACCCACAUUGCAAAAUGAAGCAUUCACAGCAUUGCUAUGCCGUAUAACCUCACAAAAUCUACAAAUUCUUGGUAGAAAAUCGCAGACACGAUUAUCAUUUGCUAUACGUCGAUCAUUAUGUACUAAAUGCUUAGUUCCAUUACAAUUAUCGGGUAAAGUAAGAGUAAGGAAACGACAUAUUCAUCUAUCAUGUGCAUUAUGUAAUCACCAGUCUAUUAUCUCUUAUCCAAUUAAUAAGUGGCGUGCAAGCUACUCAGAGUCUGUACUACCAGAUUCUUUCUGCUGUAAUGAAACUAUUGAAAAAUCCAAUAAUGAAUAA